AAAUCAAAGAGUUAACUUACAUGCAUUCGGAGGGCAUACUCGCCGGUGAGCUAAAACACGGACCGCUGGCCCUCAUUGACAAACAGAUGCCCGUAAUAAUGGUGGUCACCAGAGAUCCCGUGUAUGUGAAGUGUAUAAACGCAUUGCAACAGGUGUUGGCGCGCGACAGUCGACCUAUCAUUAUAUGCGAAGACACGGACACCGAGACCCAGAAGUACGCGUUCCGGUCGUUGAAGAUCCCGCACACAGUCGACUGUUUGCAAGGAAUCCUAUCCGUCAUUCCUCUACAACUACUUUCAUACCAUAUCGCAGUCCUCCGCGACUGCAAUGUCGACUGUCCCCGAAAUCUGGCCAAAUCUGUUACCGUUGAAUAACCCGUUCAUUCCAGUGGACACACAAACACAUGAAGACAAUUGGAUUCAAUGAAAAUACAUUCAACUAAAAACCAUUUUUCAAAAAAGUUUAAUUUUAUUUCUUUCCUUUAUUUUCUAUUUUAUUAUU